AUGAAGAAAGGGUGUUCACAUGUUCCCCCAACUGGUAUGAUUGUGGCUAGAAUUCAUUGCAUCCGACUCGGUCUGGUGGCCACGCAAACUGGUAGGGCAGCCUCGGAGUGUGUAUCAUUUCUAACUGUUGCCAGGUGUACCCUUUGCCGCCAGGAGGCCGGAAGUCUGCCCACAGCCUCCACACUCAAGUGUCCCUGGUUCAGCUACGGCGGUCAGGCUGUGCUCACGGAGGUUGUGUGCCGACGCAAGCCGGCAAUGUCGGCCUCGUUCGCCCACCUCGUCAACAGCAACAACACAGCCGAUCGUGAAGUCAAGCAUGUCCUCGGCGCACGGCAACAGUCGGCGCCGGGCAACCGAAGCGGCAAUCUGACGCUGAACAUGACCUCUCCGACCGUCAACGACCAGGACCUCGGACAGACGCAUCUGUUGCUCUUUCAGCCCUGGUUGCCACGGCAACCGGACAGCCUGUUGGCCAGUGUUGCCGGGGAUCUGCGCGAUUUGCACGGUUACGUGAUCUUUCAACUCGUCCAACUCUUCCAUCGCGUCACUCCCGAGGCGACUUGGGCCUUGGAACGAAAUCAGGCUCGUCUCUUGUCCGGACUCAACUGUCUGGCGGCCGGUCUUCUCGUCUACCGACACUCUUCGGGUCAUCCGAUUCGCUACAAACUGCUGGCCGUUCUCGCGGCAGCCGAGCACAACGUCACGCUACGACGCAUCCUCCGCAUCUCGGCCGGCAUCGUCGGCGGUUGGUUGGACCAGUUGCUACGCAGCCUGACCAGUAGCCAUGCCUCGUGUCGAGCUGAAGCCGCCAUCUGCCUGGCUCGACUGGCUUGCGAGCCCCGCAUCGUCAACGGCCUCGGCGGACCAGCAACCUCCACGACUGGAGGCGGCGGCGGCGGCGGCGGCGGCGUCGGCGUUGGCAACGGCGUUGGUGGCGGCGGUGGCGGCGGUGGCGGCGUUUCUGGACCGGCCAACUUGAAGACACGCGACCUGCUCUACGACAUUUUGGCGUCUUUGGUGCGUGCCGCGGACACAUGUUGCGAGAGUUUCGCCGAGGUGUACGCCUGCAUCGGUUUCUUUCUACAAUUCGUCCAGCGCAGCAUCUUCAUCGACUGCCUCCUCGACAAGGGUCCGCUGUGCGUGUCGCCGCAAAUGGUGUCGCGAUGGCCUCGUCUGCUCGCCUACAUCUACACGUACUGGGAGCCGCGCAUCCUGCAGGAGGUGCGCAUCAACGAGAAGCGAGCCAUUCUUCUGCUCGACUCGGCUUUCAUGAAUCCGGUCUCACGAUUGUCGGCUCGAAUGGCCUUGGCCGCCUUCUCCGGCUACACUCAGCUUGAAUCGCAAAUCUUGACGCAGUACCAUCAGCCGAAUUGGACGGACGACAAACACAUUCAACAGGAGCCGGCAGACGAUCAGUCGUCAUGA